CCAUUGCUGGUGCAUGGCUAACCCUGCGGGCGCAGGGAUGUGCACCUGGAGCCACAAUGUGAACCCCUGCCUCAUACUGAUUCCCCAACAGCCGAUGACAAUAUUUCAGCAGAUCCCUGGGAUCCUGUCUCCGUUCACUCAGCCCGUAAGGCCAGGACACGUCCGAGAAGAUCUGAUAGAGUUAAUGAUGAUACAAAAUGCCCAGAUGCAUCAGGUGAUCAUGAGCAACAUGACAAUGGCUGCACUGACAUCCUUUGGAUUCAGCCCAGCUCCCACUGCUGCCCAGGUGAACCUGGUCCCUCUGCACACUGAAGAUGAAGAAGCAGAUCUGGUAUUCCACCACCACUACGCACCAUACCCCACCGCCACUCCUGCCCCCCCAUGGCAGCCCCUGGCGCAGCCUCCAGCUUGGGCACAGGAGCCCCCUAGCAUACGCCACGUCGGCCUGGACCCGCACCCAGCCCCAGCAGGCCGGACUCAGGAUGACAAAGUGGUCCCUCCGCCCCCGCCGCCCAGCGCCACGGGGACAGUGGGAGCCGACGUCCCGCCGGCUGCAGAGUAUUACGACUACACCCAGGGCAAGCUGUGAGCCUGGCUCUGUGCCUCCUGGGAGCUCUCCUCUUCGCCUGCACCCCCUGUCCCUGCCUGGCUUGGGGAUCCCUGCUGCAGCAGGUGUCCCCCCUGGCCCAGCGAAGCUGGUGCGUCGGGCCCUGACAGACCGCUCUGUCCUUCGUCCCCACUUGUUCACUGGACUAGCUCCCGCAGUGACGGGCAGCCCCCUGCUGCAUCCUCUCCCGUUCCUCGCCUCGCCCUGCCCCACCCCGUGGAGCCGGAAGGGAAACUUGCCUGGACUCGCCUCUCAGCUUGCCAGGACUCCUCUGUCAGCUACUAAGAAGAUGCUUCAUUGUCUAGUUGUUUCCACAAUGUGGCUGUCCCCUGACGUGGCAGCUUCUCCUGCCCCAAGCAGGAAGAGGUUGUGCUAUUAGGCGCAGCAACUGGCGGGGGGAGGAAUGUGUCCUUCCCGCCAUGCUCCCCCGCUUUUCUGUCUGCUGGCAUCUCCUUGCCAUAGCCUCAGGACUAAUGCAUGUCUCCAGCACCCCUUAUUUCAUGUGUUUGCACCUCUGCUCAGAUGACACGUCAGCCAGAGCUCCCUUCUGCUGCUGCCAUGGAAGGGAUCUCGAGGUUCCCGGGGAAGUGGAAGACCCCAGGUGUCUCCAGCACGGGGGGACAGUGCUGGUGUCCUGGGCCCGGGUCUCCCAGGACAGGCGGGGCUGGUGCCUGGUUGUCAGCCAUGUCUGAGCAUCACCUCGGCCUGCACCAUCCUUAUGUGACAGCUACGCUCUUGGCCCACACGCCGGGGAUUGAACCGGCGCCCUCCUGAGUUAGCCGUGAGCGCCUGGAGCUGGGAGCCGUGACAGC